AUGGACGACAUGCGAAAAAGAAAGCAGGUGGAAGAAUGUGUUUACCAAGUGCAUAUUAAUGCAGAAGAGGCAGCACGAAGUGAGAAAAGCGUUGAUAAAAAAAAUGCAGAAGAGAACUGUUUCACAAUGGAUGUGCAGGCUGUGAAGCUUUGCCCAAAACUGGAAGUAAGCACUGCUUAUUAUAAAUCGAAAUUACAAAUACACAACUUCACUAUCUACAAUCUAUCAACACAUCAGAGUGAAAACUUUGUGUGGAAUGAGUCUGAAGGAGAACUGUGUUCGUCAGUUUUUGCAACUUGCAUAGUCAAACAUUUGGAAUCAUAUCUAAAUAUUGAAGUGAAGCCUAUUAUCAUAUGGUCAGAUAGCUGCGGAUACCAGAACAAGAAUAACAUUUUGUCAAAUUCUUUGUCUCUGCUGGCUACAAAGUACAGCGUAACCAUCGAGCAGAAAUAUCUUGAGAAGGGUCACACUCAAAUGGAGUGUGACUCGACCCAUAGUCUUAUUGAGAGGCGUCUUAAAGGAAAAUACAUAUAUUUACCCACUGAUUACAUUAACAUCAUCAGAGAAGCAAGAAAGAAACCAUUUCCAUUGGAUGUAGAAUAUUUGGAUCAUUUGUAUUUUCUCAACUUUGAAGAUACCAACUGUAAGAGAUACAAUUCUAUACGCCCUGGAAGUAGGAAAAAUGACUUGAAAGUCAAUAAUCUGAGAUGUUUGAAAUAUGAAUCUGAAGGAACAAUUUUUUAUAAAUGCGCAUUCACAGACAGUUACGUGCUGUUACCACAACGACAAAAAGCAGUUGAUGUCAAUUAUGUUCCUGAACCCCUGUACCAAGAGAGACUCAAAAUUAAAAAAGUAGUGUAUUGCCUAUAG